AGCUUUUCCUCUCUUUCUCAGUCCCCCGCCCCGCUCGUACUCGUGCCCUACGGGGCGCGCGCUCGGCCUUGUCGGUGUCUGGCGCUGCGGCGGAGACCAGAAGCGGUCUGGCGGCAGCGUUGGAAGAGGGCUCGAAGCAGUCGGCCCGGCUGCGCUCGCGUCUCCGUCAGGGGUGGCCUCGGCCGGCGGUGGCGGCGGCGGCGGCGGCGGCGGCAGCUACUGCUGCUGCUGCCGCCGCGCCCCGCCCCGCCCCUCCAGCAGAAAUGUCAAUUCUGAGAGAUGUGCUGCAAGGUUUCACUUGCGUUUGAUUCUUGGUACUUAAAACUGGAAAGGAAAAUACAUUAUGGCAGUUCUCCAUGUUGCGUCACCAGCGGUGGCUGAGCUGAAGUUUCCUGCAUCCUAAAGGAGAGUAUGUAUAAAAGGAAUGGCCUCAUGGCCAACGUGACAGUGACCUCCGCCACUCCAGAGGGCAGCAGCAGUUCUGACUCUCUGGAAGGACGGAGUUCAGAUUAUGCCCAUAAAAGCUAUGAUGCAGUUGUGUUUGACGUAUUGAAAGUAACUCCAGAGGAGUUUGCAAGUCAGAUUACGCUGAUGGAUAUGCCUGUGUUUAAAGCUAUUCAGCCAGAGGAACUAGCAAGUUGUGGAUGGAAUAAGAAAGAAAAACACAUCCUUGCCCCUAAUGUUGUUGCCUUUACAAGGAGGUUUAAUCAGGUCAGUUUCUGGGUUGUACGAGAAAUUUUAACAGCACAGACCUUAAAAAUAAGGGCAGAAAUAUUGAGCCAUUUUGUGAAAAUAGCAAAGAAACUUCUAGAACUGAACAACCUUCAUUCCCUCAUGUCUGUGGUAUCAGCUCUGCAAAGUGCACCUAUUUUCAGGCUGACCAAAACCUGGGCGCUUUUGAAUCGCAAAGACAAGGCCACCUUUGAGAAGCUAGACUACUUAAUGUCGAAGGAAGAUAAUUAUAAGAGGACGCGGGAAUACAUCAGAUGCUUAAAGAUGGUCCCCAGUAUUCCUUAUCUAGCACUCUGGGAUCAUAGCAGAUCAGAGGACUCCCUUUCUUGGGUGCUCCUGUCCUCAAUGCAGCAGAAGAGAAGAGGGAUUUAUCUGUUGGAUUUAAUCUACAUCGAUUCAGCAUAUCCUGCUUCAGGCAGCAUCAUGGAGAACGAACAAAGAUCCAAUCAGAUGAACAAUAUCCUUCGAAUAAUUGCUGAUUUGCAAGUCUCCUGUAGCUAUGAUCACCUUAUAACGUUACCCCAUGUGCAAAAAUACUUAAAGUCUGUCCGGUACAUUGAAGAGCUUCAAAAGUUUGUGGAAGACGACAACUACAAAUUAUCCCUAAGAAUUGAACCAGGAAACAGCUCUCCACGACUGGUAUCUUCAAAGGAAGAUCUUGCAGGUCCGUCAGAGGUGUCAGCAGCUGUGAGGUUCAGCAGGAGACCAACCUGUCCUGAUGCCUCGGUGGCAGCCAGCCUGCCCACUCCUCCUGUACCACGACACAGGAAGAGUCACAGCCUGGGAAACAAUAUGAUGUGUCAGUUCAGUGUAGUUGAAAGUAAAAGCGCAACGUUCCCAACAGAGAAACCACGCCACCUGCUGGAUGACAGUGUGCUAGAGUCCCACAGUCCUGUCAGAAACCACACAUUAAACUCUGUUUUCACCAAUGGUAUUUCUAUAGGAAGCAGUGAAAGCUCAGAAUUUAGUGAGGAACCUUCUUCAGGGCUUGAAAGGGGUCGGUUGUACGCCACGCUGGGGCCCAACUGGCGGGUACCAAUUCGGAAUUCUCCCAGAAGUCGCAGCUGUGUCUACAGCCCAACAGGUGCCUGCAGCUGCACAUCAGGGAGUUCCAUGGGAGUUGUUACCAUGGAAGGGCCCUUAAGAAGAAAGACAUUACUAAAGGAAGGCAGGAAGCCUACACUUUCCUCAUGGACUAGAUAUUGGGUUACACUUUCAGGAUCUACUCUGAUAUACUUCGGAGCAAAAUCGUUAAGAGGCACUGAAAGAAAGCAUUAUAAAUCUACUCCAGGAAAAAAGGUUUCCAUUAUGGGCUGGAUGGUAGCGCUGCCAGAUGAUCCUGAACACCCUGAUAUUUUUCAGCUAAAUAACCCAGAUAAAGGCAAUGUUUACAAGUUUCAGGCUGGUUCAAGGUUUCAUGCUAUACUGUGGCACAAACAUUUGGACGAUGCAUGUAGAAGCAACAGGCCUCAGGUACCUGCAAACCUUAUGUCAUUCGAAUAACAUGCUCCGGUAUGCGUGGUGUGACUUCAAGUGCCAAACUGCAGGAUGGGAAAAUCAUUCCCACAAGAGAAUGGAGGGAGGAGACUCCAAAGUGAGCCAGCUGUCUGUAACAGCGACUUCAGCACUUUUCUAUGUAACUUGAAAGUAAUUAUGACACAGCUUCUUAAAGCAGAAAGUGAAUGUUGUCCUUAGGACAGGAUCUAACCCAAUGCACUGAUGAGAGAGAUGAUUUAGACUGGUUGAAGAGACACCCUGCUGAGCGCAGGAUCCUUGACUUUAGCUUUGCGGUCACAGACUACCGUGGAUUUCUGUUCUGCCACAAACUGUGCAUCACAUCUUCUGCGGAUUCUUUUUUUUUUUUUUAAUCUGGUCUUUUUAUUGUCGAGCUGCUUUAUGUGACCGAAGAACAUUUAGCCCAUGUUGGGUUUUCAAUUAUUUCUAAUGCACAAAAAUGAUUGACAGUGUUAACUUGCUGCAAAGUGUCAAUUAGAAUAGGACAUUGUGGAACAACGUUUUUAUAACCUUAAGUGCACUGAGUUGCUUGGCAAUGUGGCUGCCUCAGAUUUUGUAUCAAACCUAGGGACAAACUGAUGUUAUACCUGAGCUAUUUGGGAAAUAUGUAUUUUGGCACAAGAUAAACCACCUGUAAUUUAGUGUGUGUUUCUUGUAAUUGGUUGUGCUCCUUUGUUUUUAAUUAACUAAAGAUGCCCAGGCAAAUGAAGUGUCUCUUGCUGCUGGAAUUCAAGUUGAUGUUGAGGGUCCACCUGGGUUCUUUCACCCCACAAAGAAAUAUUUGCCUUAAAUUGUUUGUUUCUUUUAACUGUGGGCGUUAUUCAUCAAAAAUGUCUAGCUGUGUGUCACCUGCACCCAGGUCUUCUAGGUCAUAGGGCAUCUGCCCCCCUCCCCUGUCCUUGGGAAGGGUUUGCCACUCAGUCCAUCGUAAGCCCACCCUUUUGAUACUUCACAGUCCUUUCUACUUUCACAGAAGGUCAGUGUUCAGCCUCCAUUAAAGGAGGAAAGAAUACUUUGGUCAUCUCCCAUUUCUUUAUUUCCUAAUAUAUCAGCAGUGGUCAGCAAGCACUCAGCCACUGCAUGUCUGGAGAGUACAGCUGAGUGGCACAGCUUUUAAUAUAUGUGGGAACCCAGCAGUCAUUUUGGAUGAACAGAGCUGUGCAUUUGAAGAAAGCCCUGGCAAGCACAGAUUGCCUAUUAAUCUGACUGGAUCUUAAUAAUCUUUGUAGCAGAUUUUUAUUGAAAUUUUUUUUAAUGUUAAGUGUCUCAGUGGUUGUUAACUGUAAUAUAUAUUUUUAAUUGCCAUGUUGUAUGUCUGUGUCAUAGUUCUAACAGUGAAAUCUAAUAUGGAACUAGCUGUCAAAGAGCAGCAAGUUCUUGAAUCUUGUCAGCAGCUCAAGAGGGGAGGCAGGCAGCUUUGCAACCAGGUGUGUCCCGAAACACCCUUUUUACUUGGUUAGGUCGGGAGAGAGUUGGGCAGCCUGUUUUCUUCUCAACCCAGAAACAGAAACUCCAUGAGAGUGAGCUAGUUGUAUUAGAGCAUCUAUAUGUCCAAGACAAAUUCCAGCGCCAGCCAAUUAAUGGGGUUUCCUAAUCAGCCAUCACCAUCAGAUAAUGUAUUGGGAUAUAAUUCUGAAUAACCCUCUUGCUCAGAUGCAGUUUACACAUCUGAAUUGUUUUUGGGGAUGAAUCACUUCUCUGGAUCUGCCAUCAAAAGUGAAGGAGUAUGACUUUGUAAAAUCUCUGCAUACGCCACCUAUCUGGAGAAUACAGGAGGAGCUAUGUCGUGCCAACUGCAUGAUGGUAAAUAAAAGUCCAAUCUCCAAGCCUACUACUUGGUGCUCAAAAACGCUAUCAUUUUGUACUAGAAAAUUAACCCCAUCUUGUUCCCUAAUUUAAAUACCCAUACUUCAGCCAGAAACGCAUUAUAAAGCCACAGAGAACAUGGUCGUCCCUUCUGCAGUUGUAUUAAAUUAAAGCAUCUUCCUUUCUGACAGUCCAGCCUGACAGUGCCCACCUCAUUUAAUGACUCUGGAAAAUGGUAAAAACAAGGACUAGGCAUUCUCAUGUUGCCAAAGACCUAAAGGCUAGAGAAAGGGAAUUAAGACAUACAUCAUUGAUUCAGCUGCCAACAAAUUGCUUAGGGAAUAAGAGUGGUGUUAGGGUUGCCGGUCAAAUAACUGGAUGGACGAGAAUAACCUGUACAAUAAAUUUUACCUCAGUUACUUAGGGGUUAAAAUAUAUAUUGGCUAGAGAACAAACUGUAGGUCAUUUGCCAAGCAAUAUUUUAAACAAAAUAAAUUUGAACUGUUCAGACUGAGUUCCAAGACCUAUUUAUAUGAUUAAUCAGUAAUCCAUAGUUAAUGUAACAAGACAAGAGCAAAUGCCCUAUGCAUACUGACUUGUGAGCAAGUCAGUAUAAACUGCAAACUGAAAUUACAGUGGCAACAGUCAUGAGCCACACACUAUUGAUGUCAAAGGAAUAGUUUGAUUAUUAGGUGCUUCUAGGUGGGCAAAAGCAGCUACCAACCAGAAAGGCUACAGUUCUAAGCAAAUUUAUGAGGAAGUAAGUUGCAGUGGAUCCAGUGGGCCUUACUUCUGAGUCAGGACAUUUAGUACCUGAGUGUCAAACACUUGUACAAAAGCAAAUCUGUAUUUUGCUUUAUAUUUUACUGAAUGGAGAAACAAGGAAAAAAUUGGCCUUUGAAGAAUUAUAUCAAGAGAAAAAUGCCUCCCAAAUCUCACCAGCCUCCACCAUUUUACAUCAAUCUCCUCAACCAAAUGGAAUUGGGAUUGGAAAUCAUCAGCACGGGCCUUGAUAUGACAUUGCAUGAAUGAAUAGAACACUUGUCACCGUGACACACAUAGGGAGAGGUAUCUCCUUUUAUAAUGAAUGAAACUUGCAUGCAUCUAUGGAAGGGAAAAAAAAUCUCCUGGAAUUAAGCUACUUGAAAGUUCCUCUGCAAAUUCACAUUUGGAAUGUUUUGGGGGGGGUUAUUUUUAAAAGAACCAGUCAUGCAAAUGGCUGGCUGUGGUUUUGAUUUGUUGUAUAUGGACAUGGAAAACUGUACAAUAAUGACUUGUGUGAUAAUGGAGUAACAUGAUGCAAUAUUCAGCAAUAUAGGCAUCUUUGCUGCACAGUAUUUUGAAAAGAUGAAAUAAACGAGUGUUAGUUCAGUAUAUGGAAAUUGUUAUUAGCAUAGUCCACAUUUAAAUGGUUCUCAUCCUAUAAAAGCAUGCAGCUCUACUUAGCUACUGACUACUGAUUUGUGUGUGUGUGCACCUUUUACUGUGAAUUAAAGUUAUGCAUAUUGGUACUAUUUAAAAUAUCACCUCCUUCCAAAGGGUAUCACGAAUUCUGUGCCCUAAGGUACGUUUGUGUGCUUACACGCACACCACUCAGCUCUUGUGCUUGCAAGCAGCUCAACUUACUUCAAUGGUGGCAACAGCUCCAAAGCUGUGUAUUAGCUUUGCCCUUUGAAAUGAAUGUGGGUGGGAUCGCUUCAUAGUGCACACCAGCAUCCCUGUCAUACCCAGAACAGAUGACUGGAUCAGGGGGCUAGCCUAUUGUGAGAGUAAUUGUACAAAGCUAGCCUCUUUGUUCAGCCUUUCUGCAAAAAGAGUCCCUGUCAAAUUAUUUUCAGAAUGACUGUUAAUGAUUUGUGUAGCUAUAUUGAGGUAAUAUUAUUUAUUAUUUAUUUAUUAGCGUGUGUAAUUUAAAAGUAAACCUAAUGCCAAAAUGCAUGUUUUUCCAAUUAGCACUCAGUCGAGGCAUAGACAAUAGUAUUCCCUUUUUGACCCAUUCGUCACAUUGUGAUGUAAACUAAUUUCAAUAUUUCAGUUUGUUUCUUGUGAGAACUGUUGCACUAUUUUAUUUUAUUUUUACUUUUAGCUGUACUCCAGCAGCCCCCUGCAUGCCAUUUGUGUACGGCCUCUUUCUAAAAAUUCUUGUGAAUUGUCUCACUCAUGAUAACCACUGAACUUUUAACCUUUGUGUGGGAGUCUUUUACGUUUUUGGCACAAUAUUUUGUUACCUCAGUCUCCUAUCAGGUUGCUGUAUUUUUCAGCUUGUUACAUUGAUGAUAAUUGUUUC